AUGUCGAAAAAGUUGCCGAAACCGAAGGCCAUUGUGAUCGACAUCGAGGGCACCACAACUGACCGAAAGUUUGUGUCGCGAACACUGUUUCCAAUGAUUCGCCAGAAAUUCAAAGAGUUUCUCACAAAAACGAUCGACAAAUCGGAGACCAAAGAACUGAUCAAAAGUCUGGAAAAGCUUCAGAAGAGCGGCAAAUAUCAGGGAAUGCCUGUCAUCGAGAGCGCCGGCCGUAAAGAGUCGACCAUCGCGUCGGUGGAGAACAACGUACAGUGGCAGUUGACCUCCAAACUCAAGACCACUGAACUCAAAUCGGCCGAACUCUUGUGUUGGGUUUGGCUCUACGAGUCGGGUCUACUCAAGAGCCACGUCUACGACGACGUGUCGGACGCCCUCCACGAGUGGAAAGUGCGCUCCGGUAUCAAACUCUACACCUACUCGUCGGGUAUGGCCUGCGCUCAGAAGCUCUUGUUUUGCAAUACAGUUCGCGGAAAUCUCUACCCAUUGGUCGAC